CACACUCCAAAAACAUGGAGAUCAGGUAUAUUUCUAGAACAAAUUACACAAUUAGCUGCACUGUAAAACAUUUUAAGUUGGUUAAACUCAGCAACAUAAGUUCCCCUGCUGCCUUAAAAAGCUGAGUUAACUCAACUUGAUGAAAACAUUUGUAUGAACUCAAGAUGUUAAGUUAAACAAGUUGUUCAAAUACUCAUUACUUACUGUUUCAGCUUGAUGCACUGAGUUAAAACAACUCAAGUGUUUAAUUUGUCCUUUUUUAAAAAAUGUUCUGUUUAGUCAAAUAAACUAACAAUUCAGCUUUAUUUUAACACACACUUUCAAGUCAGUAAAACUUCAGUAAUAUUCACACAACUUAUUAUUUUAAGUUAACCAUAGGUAUUAGCAACAUUUUUAACAUUAUUAUUUAACUGCCAAUACUGACAGUAUAUUGCUGGGGCAGAAUAAGAGUAAACUCAGUAAAGAGUGAACUCUGUAGCUCAAAGUCAGCAUACUGUGAUCACUACAAACACAACAAAGUUAAUGUGCUCUUACAGCCCACAACACUGAGGCCUGGCAAUCAACACAUAUAUUAUAUUACUGCACGCCCAGGAUCAGGUAGCUUUGUACAACAGACAACACAAAGAUGGUAAGUAAGGGAGAGACCACACCCAAUAUGCAAAUAUUGGCCUGUCAAUCAACGUAUAUAUUAUAAUUAGUGCACGCCCAGAAUAAGGUAGCUUAGGGCAACAGACAACACAAAGAUGGUAAGUAAGGGAGCGGCUACACCCAAUAUGCAGAUAUAUGGUACCAGGAACCAAUAGGAAAGCUGCAUGAACCAACACUGAAGAAAGAGCUAAAAGUUGGUUGAAAUCACAUUUUUUCAUUGGCUCAACAAACCUUUUUAAGUUUUCCGAUUGAAAACAAUGGAGUUGUACUGGCCGGUGAGUUCACUCAACUUAAUAACAUUAGUUCUUCUGACUAAAACACAGAAUUACUUUUUGGAGUGUUGGUGACUCACGCAGCUGAAAGUAAUUCCCUUUAGUUUUUUGCUCCUUGUUAUUAUUAACUGCUAUGCGUCGGUUAAAAAGUGUUUAGCCCAAUGUGCCCACGGUUUUAAAGUUGUAAAAAGUACUCCAGUCUUUUCUAACUUGCUGCCUAUCACUCUACCGCUCUGCAUUUUCAAAUCUUCACACUUUCAUUUUUUUUAACCAAUAACUUAAAAACGUAAGUUGAAUAAACUUGGGUAAAUUUGAAUAACUCACAGGAAGUUAAGACAAUAUGUUAUUUUAAGUUAUUUUUAUGUAAAGCGAAGGAACUUGAGUUCAAUAUACUAAACUUGUCAUGGCAAUUGGAAUUGAAAAGAACAAAUAAGUUCACAUAAUUAAUGUGGCUGUAAUGUUUUACAGUGUGUAUAUAAGGUAAGCUUAGACACUGUGUGCUAAUCAGCUAGCCAUGCACAUUUUUAUGUAAGAGAGAAUUAUACAAAAAUAUAAAUAUAGAAAAUAACAACAUUUACUGGCUAUUCGGUUUGGUUUAGAUUCUAUAGCAAGAAUGUGUUUAUUAUACAGUAGCAAUGCUGUGAAAACUACAGAAAUGUGCAUUCCAAAAACAUAACAUUAUUCUUCUAUAAUCUUUUAAUGAUAAAACCACUUGUGUGCUUUAGGUUCGUUGUCUUGCUGCAUGACCCAUGUUCACUUGUGAUUCAGCUCAUCAAUGCGUCAAAUGUCCUAAUAUUUUGCUUUAGAAUUCUCUGCAUUCAUUCAGUAUUAAAUGUCCCAUCAAUGAUGGCGAGCGGUCCUGACCAAGAUACAGCAAAAUAAGCCUAUGAUACUACCACCACCAUGUUUCACGGGAUAAGGAUUUUUUUUUUAAUAAUGUUUUCCACAUUUUCUCCCCAAUUUACAAGCCAAUUACCCAAUCCACUUAUAAGGACUCUCCCUCUCAUUAGUGAUGCUCCAACACACCAGGAGGGUGAAGAAGACCAGCACACGCCUCCCCCGAUACAUGUGAAGUCAGACCCCGCCUCUUUUUUAUAACUGCUGCUGAUGCUGUAGCAUUGCCGAGUAGCAUCACAGUGCUAACGCUCGGAGGAAAGAGACGCAGCGACUCGGUUCUGAUACAUCAGCUCACAGAUGCAGCCUUGUUCUAAUCCACAUCACCCUAGGAGUGAUAAGGGUGAAAGAAAGAGCGCCCUCUACUGUACCCACCCAGAGAGAGCAAGGAUAACUGUGCUUUCUCAGGGCUCUGGCAGCUGAUGGCAAACUGCAUGAACAGGAUUGGAAUCUGUGAUCUUCUGAUCAUAGUGGCAGCGCUUUAGACUGCUAAACCACUGUGAGCCCCAUGAUAAGGUUUUUAUUCUGGAAUUACGCCUUUUCCUAUUAUUUAAAAUAAAUAAAAUUUAUUUGAUUUAAAAUAAAAUAUUAACUAUACCUUAAAAUAUAUAAAUACAAUUAAAAAUGCUGAAAGAAGAACAUACACAUGAUUAUAUAAAUACAAAAACUAUACAAAGUGUGUAAGUAAGCAGCCGUAGAUAUGAGGUAGUGCAGUAAUACAGACUAAAUUAAGAAUAAAUUAUAGCAGGUUUCAACAAAUACAACAAAUACUAAACAUAACCCUUACUUAUUGGACCUUCUGUCUUAAUAAAUGAAUGAUCCAGUCUAAUAAUUUUAUUUCUAAUUCUAAUUUUAGGACUGGUUUUAGUUUUAGAUCAAAUGAAAGAAAUGCAGAAAUAUAAACAAUUUUAAAGAGUUCACAAACUUUUCAGCAUUAAUUUGUAGUGAUCAGCUGGAUCAUGGUGCCUCAGGCUGGUUUGGGAUUAAACGCUAAUCUAAACGCAUCAUGUUUCCUGUUCCAGCGUCAUUUAAAACUGUUUAUUUACGCAGAACUCGGGUCGGAUCUGCUGAGCUGAUAGUGCAGUAAAAUCACCCAGAGCACCAAUCCAGCAGCCAGAUAGCAACCCUUUCACAAUAGCACCAUUCACACUCACGCUCAUCACACUGCAGGGUAACGGAAAAUAGGCAAAUGAGCCGAGCUUCCUGUAGACCUGCAGAACCUCCCAGACCAGAGAGACACGUCCAGCUGAGGACCUGCUCUGAGGACCUGCUCUGAGGGCUCAGGUGAGUACCGGAGGUUCUGCUGCUCUCUGAAAAGAUCAGAUUUACACAUUUGUGUUCUGAGGGUUCUUUUUGAAGGUUCAGCUGUGUUCUAAAGGUUCUGUUGGGUUCUGAAGAUCAGGUUGUGUUUUAAAGGACCAGUUUUGUUUUGAUGACCUGGUUAGGUUCUAAAGUUGUAUUCCGAAGGAUUGGUUGUGUUCUAAAGGUUCUGUUGUGUUCUGAAGGCCCGGUUUGGAUUUGAAGGCUUGGUUGUGUUCUUAAGGUCCAGUGGAAUUCUGAAGGAUUGGUUGUGUUCUAAAGGUUCUGUUGUGUUCUGAAGGCUCGGUUGUGUUCUGAAGGUGCAUUUGGGUUCUGAAUGUUCUGAAGGCUCAGUUGUUUCCUAAAGGUUCUGUUGUGUUCUGAAAUCCAAGUUGUGUUCUGAAGGGCCAGUUUUUUUUUAUGGCCAGGCUAGGUUCUGAAGUUGUAUUCUGAAGGCCUGGUUGUGUUCCUAAGGUUCUGUUGGGUCCUGAAGGCCUGGUUUGGUUCUGAAGACUUGGUUCUGUACUAAAGACCCAGUAGAAUUCUGAAGGCUCAGUUGUUUUCUGAAGGUUCUAAAGGAUUGGUUGUGUUGUAAAGGUUCUGUUGUGUUCUGAAGGCCCAGUUUGGAUCUGAAGGCUUGGUUGUGUACUGAAGACCCAGUGGAUUUCUGAAGGCCUUGUUGUGUUCUAAAGGUUCUGUUGUGUCCUGAAGGCCCGGGUUUGGUUCUGAAGGUUCUGUUAUGUUCUGAAGGCCCGGGUUUGGUUCUGAAGGUUCUGUUAUGUUCUGAAGGCCCGGGUUUGGUUCCGAAGGCCCGGUUUGGUUCUGAAGGUUCUGUUAUGUUCUGAAGGCCCGGGUUUGGUUCUAAGGGGGCGCUGGGACGGGGGAUGGUGAGGAUGGAGGAGAUCCGGGCAGCUCUGGAUCUGAUGAGGAUGGGGACGGCCGGGUCGGGGGACAGAACUGAAGGACCGGGUCGGGCUGAGGGAGCCGGACUGAAGCAGCCGGUUCUGAAAUGGUUCACUGAGACUCAGGCUGAUCUUCUCCUGUCUGAUGGAAAUUUCCCUGCAUGGUUCCGCGGCUUCAUCUCCAGACAAGAAGCUGAAGAUAAUCUCAGAGAUAAAGCACUGGGCAGUUUCCUGAUCCGACUGAGUGAGAAAGCCAGCGGAUUCAUCCUCUCAUACAGGGGGGAGGACCGCUGUCGGCACUUCGUUAUUAAUCAGACGGAGGACGGCCUGCUGGUGGUUACUGGAGACUCCAUCACCCACACCAGCCUACCAGAGCUCAUCCAGUUCUUUAAGACCACGCCCAUCCAGCCCUUCGGAGAGUACCUCAUCUCCGACACUGACGAAGAGCCCCCGUGUGACGAGCUGUAUGACGUGGUGCACUGUAAGCCGGCGGUGAGGUCAGGGGUCAGCGUCCAGGCCCUGCGCAUUCUGUGGGAUGGGCGCAGUGAUGUCACAGCGAAGGCCCCGCCCACUAUACCCUCAAAAACCAACAACCGCAAACUCGUUUCCUCCACUUCCAUCGACAGGAACAGCAGCGUCCAGAGAAACCCGCCUCUCCGGAGUUCUCUGAGUGGAGGACAUCUCUCCUCCCAGCCUGAGGAGAGGUGGAGAAGCAGGACAGGGGCUGAUGAAGGUCCUGAGGGACAGGUAACGCGAGACUUGAGCAGCGAGGGGUUCGGUUCUCUGGACUCUCACCUGCAGAGUUACCCAGGUCACGAUGCCCACCUCCCCACACCUGACCGACCCCCAAAUCCCGCCAACAGCAGCCGGAGCAGGUCACUGCCUCACCUGGACGAGGAUCUCCAUCACAGCAACCCCUCAGAUACCCAGUCAGGUCCCGCAACAACACCACGGCAACCCCUUGUCCCUCCCAAAUCCGCCUCCUUCUCCUCCUCCUCCUCCUCCUCCUCCUCCUCACUUCUGAUCAGAGAGAGGUACCAGCCUGGACCCAACGAGGCACCUGAGACCCAGCUGAGCGACCUGCAGCAGAACCCGCUGUACCAGACCUCCGCCGGGCUGUGUCCCGGGAGGAACAUGCCCUGGGAUCCAAACAGCCACGCCGAGACACCAGGUAAACCCAGCCCUGAUCCCCUUACACCUGUCCACACCUACCAGCACCUCCCACAACAUCUCAACACCAACACCUACGAGGAUCUACCCACAAUGCAGCAGUACAGCCUCGUCACGCAUCACGGCAACACCUACGAGGACAUACCUGCGGUCCAGCCAGGUAACCACAACACCUACGAGGACAUCCCCGCCCAACAGGGCAACACCUACGCCACGCUGGACGAGCUGCAGACCGCCAACAGCACCAACAACACCAACACCGCCAAGAAGACUCAUAAAUGGUGGAAAUUCAAACCAGAGAACAAGAAGAAGUGAAGAGAGGUAAACUGGUGUCGUUCUACUCGAGAGUAUCAGAAGUUGUAAUUAUUUAUUUUAUUAAUUAGCGUAUUAAUUUGUGAAUUUUUCAUAUUUUUAUUUUAUCACACUGAAUGCAUGUAUUUUGGAAAGAUAACAAUAAAAUAAAAAAUAUAAAAUACAUUUACGCUAUUGUUUAAUUAUGUAUACCUAUGGAUUGAGUAAAUGUACAGUGAAUUACCAAUUAA